UCCGAAUUUGUAAUGGCUGGUUGGUUGGCUGGCUGGAUGGACUUGCGUGGAUUUGAAAUUUGCUAUGCAAUGCAGGAAGGAAAGCUAUGGCUUUCGCGCAGGCCUGCUGCAGGCGGGCGGGUGGGAUUUCAAUUCUGGCGAGGGACUGUUUAUUAUCUGCACUUGGCGCAAAAAGAGGGGUUAAUCCGUGAUUGGUUCUUGGAGGCGUCUGGGGUGGUGAUCCUUCUCGUCUUCGUCUCCUUUUCGUGUUUGCUAGAAUCCGUUCGCCCCCUGACGUAGA